GAUGUCUAGUCAGUGGCAGUUAAUUUUCUUUCUAGGACUUCUAGAUGUAACGUUGAAACUCUGUUCUUGUACAAUUAGCUCCACUGACUGCCCGCAAAGUGCAAACAUCUCGAACGCAACUUCUGUGAAGCGAUUAAUCGGUAAAAGCUUCGAUGAAACGAGUGAAGGAAUAACUCAGAUCUUAAGCAAAAGCUUUCGAGAGCCUAAAAUGUUUCUAUCCUCUCCAGCUGACAGAACGAGAAGGGCCAAUUUGUUGCCGGGAAGUAUCGGUUUUAAGUCCGCUCAUAGAAUCCAGCCGUCGCUUGACGUGCUUGACUUUCAACUGAACUGGAAUGCUGGAACUCAUGGGAUCCUUAACCCACACCGCACCAUGUCUCCCAAUCGCAGACAUCAUGUUCGGGACAACACGAUGGCAUCUCCUCAUCGGUCUCAGCACAGUCCGCUGUACAGUCGGGGGAGCGGUUUAGGUUUUGGGCCUCAUGUCCACCCACGUCCAAGCCGCCGACGCCGUCCUUCCGCUACCGGAGAGCAAGCAGUGGACAUACCUGCAGAAGUAUUGCAGCUGCUGCCUGAUACUGUUAGACGAGUUUACGACCAUUACUCGGCCCCUACGGGUAGACCAACUACAACGACCAAUAAGCCGCCCGUCAUAUGGUUUCCGGAUCUCAACGCAGAGUGCCAGGACGAAGAGGCAGCAGCGUCAUCGCCAUCUGGUGGAGGGAGUUUCAAUGCUUUCAGCUUCCUAGCCAUGGCGGUCUCCAUUACGAAUCUCGUGUCCCUCCUUGCCAGUAACGCUAACAACAACAUCAACAACAAUAAUAACAACAACAACCUUAACAAUGACAAUGUGCUGGAUGGAAACGAGGACAACAACAACAACAAUUUGGACCUCCUGACGAUGGUGACCUUCGCAGGGCGAAAGAGGCGAGACUUAACACUACCCAACAAUACCUUUUCUGAUUCGGAAGGACAAUUUACUCCGGACCCUGACGACGUAGCUGCCGGAGUAGCUCUGCUUUUCCUAAGAGUGUGGUAUCAAACGACGCGUAAGAUGGGUGAUGCCGUAGCAACUGGGGGUUCAAGUGCAGCCACUGGGAACGUUUUCGAAGAUGCUCGCGGUAACAGAGACUUACGUAUAUCCCCUCGAAACGUUUAUGAUGUCGUCCUCAUCAGGGAUUUAAGUACGACUCAUGGAAACGUUUCUGAAGACGAAGUCUUAGUUGAUGAUCAGAGUACAGACUCUGGAGACAUUUCCCAAGGUAUGAAGGCAGCCAGCAUUCUCCAAAAAGCCCUUGGCCACUCUAUUGAAGACUCCGUCGCUUUCAAAGACUCGAACCCAACACGAUCGUUGAUUGGAGGAGGGAAGAAUGGCCAAUCUCCUCAUGAAGGCUGCGUGCUGAAGGCUCUGUGCCAGGCAAACAGGAUUAGCGCUGAAUUUGAACUAGGAGAGGAUAUCGCUGAAGUCAUGAGUAUUAAAGUCUCCAUGUCCACUUUUAAGAAUCUACAAAGGAUCCCUCCGCAGCAUGACGUUCCAGGAAGGAUAUCUCCAGGCCCUUUCAGGUUACGCGCCCCACAUCAUCCUGGAUAUCCUCUUAAGGACGUCCUUGGCAACAAGUGGCAUUCGAAUCCAGAUCGAAUGAAUUCCGCGUUUAGUGAGCCACUCAUGGGUCAUCCGCGCGAAGUCUUAGAGAUGUUGCCCGAGGCAAUUUCGGAAGUGAGGAACGCCUACCUCAGGAGUUACGCAACGACGACCACGACGACGACGGAACCUCCCGUCAUAUGGUUUCCGAACCAAGGAGACGAUUGCGAACAGGAACCUGAAGGAGGAGGAGGAGGAAGUGGCUUCAGCGCUUCAGCCUUCUAG